AUGGAUUUUACAAUCUGGCAGUUACCAGUUGAUGAAGAGGCUGCCAUUAAAUUUUUUCAAGAUAAAGGAAUUAUCCAUAAAGAAAGGCUUUGUACAAAUAAUCAUCAGAUGAAAUUAAGCUUAAAUACAACAGGUACCAAAGCCCCUUCUUGGCGCUGUAGAAAAUGUAGGCAAAAAAAAGGAUUACGCACUAACACUUGGUUUGAUGGAUCACGAAUUCCAUUUCUUACAGCAGUUCGAUUUAUUUACUUGUGGUGCCAAGAAUUAACAUCAGUUGAUUUUUGUGAACUGCAGUUGCAAAUGAACCAUAAUUCAACUGUGGACUGGAACAAAUAUAUGCGUGAAAUAUGUGCUAAUGCCUUGAUAUCACGUCCUAAAGUUAAAAUUGGUGGAAGCAGCAAAGUUGUUGAAAUAGACGAAAUAAUUUUCCCCCAAGGAAAAAAUGUUGAACGUGAUCUUAUGCCACAGAAUGUUUUUGGUGGACUAUGUCGAGAAACGAAGGAGUGUUUUCUUAUUGUAAUUCCUGAUUGUUCAGUUAAAACUUUAAUGGCUGCUAUUGUGGAAAAUGUUGCAGAUGAAAGUACUAUUUCUUCUGAUUGCUGGAAAGCGUAUGAGACAAUUGAAUUACGAGAUGCUGGUUAUGAACAUUUCAUAAACAAUCACAAAUAUAAUUUUGUUGACCCUGACAGUAGAUGUCACUCUCAAACAGUUGAUGAGUUAUGGGGCAGUGCAAAACAACGUAAUAAAAGACAGCGUGGCACUGCUCGCAACCAGUUAGGUUCAUAUUUUGUUGAAUUCAUGUGGCGGAGUUUGUAUCCAAAAACUGAGCAGUUUUCAGCAAUUCUCAAGGAUAUAUUUAAUUUUAUGCCUGCUUUUUAA